AGGAGCAUCUAGAGAGGCCCGUGAUCAGGCCACAGGGAUGCUGGGGAUGGAAACCAAAACCCACUGGACUCUGCAAGCCUGCUGGACAGAAGAGAGGCAGAGGAGCGAUGAGCGAGCAGCGGGCGGUGGCAGACUUGCCCAGCGUGCCCCUCCACAGGCACAGGGCAUCCUUCAGGGGGGAAUGGUCACCAUCCCCUCUAGAGAGCCCCCCAGCUUCCAGAACAAAUGUCAUGGGCGCCCCUGUCCAUGCCCCUGGGGUCUACGUAGGAACGGUGCCCAAUGGGUGCACAGGGGGCCUAGGUGCUCGUGUGACUCGCCGGACCCUGGGCAUCAGCAGCAUCUUCCUACAGGGCCUACGGAGCUCAGGCCUGGCCACGGUGCCGGCUCCACACCAGGAUGCUGAGCACACUGCUGGUGAGGACCUGGGGGGCUGCCUGGUGGGGUAUGUGGCCAAGGUGCGUGCCCUCCAGCAAGUCAGCCGGGAGCUGGAGACACAACUUCGGAUGCUUCUGGAAAGCACGGCCAAGCGCGCGGGAGGCUGGGGUGCCCUGCGGGCCUCCUGGGUCAGCAGCUGCCAGCAGGUGGGCGAGGCUGUGUUGGAAAAUGCUCGGCUCAUGCUGCAGACAGAGUCCAUCCAGGUGGGAGCAGAAGACUUUAAAGAGAGAUAUGAAAAGGAGCAGCCAUUUCGAAAAGCAAUGGAAGAGGAAAUUAGCUCUCUAUAUAAAGUCAUUGAUGAAGCUCAUUGGACAAAAACGGAUCUGGAGGGUCAAAUAGAAAGUCUGAAAGAAGAACUUGGCUUUCUGUCAAGGAGCUAUGAAGAGGAUGUGAAGGUGUUGUACAAACAGCUGGCAGGGUCUGAGCUGGAACACAUGGAUGUUCCCACUGGCCCUGGUUUGGAUGACAUCCUUGAAAUGAUCAGAAAUCAGUGGGAGAGAGACGUGGCAAAGAACCGGGAUGAGACAGGAGCUUUGCUCCAAGCCAAGCAGGACUCAGAGGUGGCCCGCGUGUCCCAGACCCAGGAAGAGAAGCUGGCUGCAGCCCUCAGAAUAGAGUUACACAACACUUCGUGCCAAGUCCAGAGCCUCCAGGCUGAGACGGAAUCCCUACGGGCUCUGAAACGAGGCCUGGAGAACUCGCUGCAAGACGCAAAGCAUUGGCACGACAUGGAGCUGCAGAACCUGGGCGCUGUGGUGGGCCGGCUGGAGGCAGAGCUCAGUGAGGUCCGCGGGGAGGCAGAGGAGCAGCAGCGCCAGCGUGCGCGCCUCCUGGCUCGCAGGGCCCAGCUGCAGAAGGACGUGGGGUCCUACCUGGCGCUGCUGGACCGGGCAGACAGCGGCUAAUGAAGAAAUUUCCUCUUUUCUCAAAGAAAACACAGCCUUCUUCACCAACUGACCGUAACACUGCAUGAAGAGCUUCAAUCCCUGCUGGAUUCCUCAGCUGGUCCCAUUGGGGUGGAAAAGCUUCCUAGAGGUGGAGAGGGUCUUUUGCCUUCAUUUACGCAAUCUGUAACAUGAGCAACCUCCAUUGGCCCCUAUCCAAAUAAAUGUUUUGUGUG